AUGCCCCCUACAUCAAGAAGGAGUCGGCUAGUGCAGCCAGAGGAGUCGGAGGAAGAAGCUACGCAGGUCACACAACGAGGUCCCGGCCGCCGCGCAAUCUCUGAAAAUGAUAGUGAUGCAGAGGAUGAAGAGGUCGGAUAUGAUGAAAUGGAUCUAGAUGGAGAAACAGAUAGCCAGGAUCAAGUUGUCAAGAAACUAGUACGAUAUGCGCUUGCUUGCGAAUUCCAGAGGGUGCCUAUUAAGAGAGUUGGCAUAUCAGAGAAAGGUCAAUGCUCUACCACCUCCUGUGAUUUGCAUGCUGAUUAUGGUAGUUCUGGGAAAACAACGCGGCAGCUUCAAACGGGUGUUCGAUGCAGCGCAACAGCAUUUGCGAUCAAAAUUUGGCAUGGAGAUGAUGGAACUACCAGGACGAGAGAAACUGCCGCCAAAGCCAAAGGCAAUUCGAAGCCAACUGCCUCUUACAUACUGGUGACGACAUUGCCUGCCGCAUAUCGCAGCGCGGAAAUUAUUGCACCAUCCUUGAUUGGAAGCGAGGAUGAUGAAGCGACAUAUAUUGGCCUAUGUACUGUGAUUGUUUCAUAUAUUGGCAUGAGUCCUGGAGGCCAGGUCCCAGAUCAUAAGCUUAUGAGAAUUCUAAGGCGUCUAAAUGUAGAGGAGAAUACACCACUUGAAAAAACCACUGUAAUUCUGCAAAGGAUGAUCAGACAAGGUUAUAUUUGGAGGGUUACGGACAGGUCUGGGGAUGAGGAAACGGUCGAUUGGAGAGUGGGACCAAGGGGGAAGGUCGAGAUAGGCAAUAGUGGCAUAUCUGGCUUUGUGAAGGAGAUAUAUGGCCAGGACGCGCCACAAGAUCUUGAUAAGAGAUUACAGCGAAGUUUAGGCGUAGAAGUCGGGAGGGGAAACGAGGAGGAUGAGGAUGUGGAAGGAACUAACGGAGGCCCAAGUACCGCAAGAUCAAUUGGUAGGAUGCGAAAGGCAGCGGAUGAUGAUGACUGA